AUGGAUACUGAGGAACAGCCAUUAGUUAGUGCAGGAAAUGUAGCAGCGGGUGCAUUAAGCAGUACAAGUACUCUCUUUGAGGAUAUACCAUGCGAAAAUGUGGGGGCAGGGGCACAGGAAGUGGUGCCACCGCCCACCAGUGCUCAAGGAGAGGUAUAUAAAGAAAUUACACCACCUCCAGAAAAGCAGGAACCAGAGUGUGGUAAUCUGCCUGGUGGGAAUUCACUUCAGGCGAUAUUAGAGCGCGUGCUGGAUUACCAGGCAAAAUUUGCGCAACAGCAGGCUGAGAGAGAUCGCCAGCAGGCUGAGAGAGAUCGCCAGCAGGCUGAGAGAGAUCGCCAGCAGGCUGAGAGAGAUCGCCAGCAGGCUGAGAGAGAUCGCCAGCAGGCUGAGAGAGAUCGCCAGCAGGCUGAGAGAGAUCGCCAGCAGGCUGAGAGAGAUCGCCAGCAGGCUGAGAGAGAUCGCCAGCAGGCUGAGAGAGAUCGCCAGCAGGCUGAGAGAGAUCGCCAGCAGGCUGAGAGAGAUCGCCAGCAGGCUGAGAGAGAUCGCCAGCAGGCUGAGAGAGAUCGCCAGCAGGCUGAGAGAGAUCGCCAGCAGGCUGAGAGAGAUCGCCAGCAGGCUGAGAGAGAUCGCCAGCAGGCUGAGAGAGAUCGCCAGCAGGCUGAGAGAGAUCGCCAGCAGGCUGAGAGAGAUCGCCAGCAGGCUGAGAGAGAUCGCCAGCAGGCUGAGAGAGAUCGCCAGCAGGCUGAGAGAGAUCGCCAGCAGGCUGAGAGAGAUCGCCAGCAGGCUGAGAGAGAUCGCCAGCAGGCUGAGAGAGAUCGCCAGCAGGCUGAGCGGGACCAGCAACUUGUGCAAUCGUUAGAAAAUAUGAAAAAAGAGAGUGCCUGUAUGAAACAGAACUAUGAGUCGAUACCUAAGGCCGUGCAGGAGUUGACUGUACAGGUCAACAACCUGCAAGUAGCAAACACUAACAGGGUAGACGAAAUAGGUGUCUUAGCCAACCGAGUAGAAAAGCUAGAAAUAGAUUCCACACAGCUUGUAGAGCAGAAGUGGAACGAACAAGCGACUAAAAUUGAAACCGAAUUCAACUCGUGGCUAGAAGCUAAGGAGACAUGA